AGGAAACAAUGCCAGCUCCCAGCGGACACUGCGGUGGACUUCCACGACGGCCAUGAUUUGCUGAGCGCCAAGGAUACACCGCGCAGCCGCGGCUGGCUGGAGCGCAAUGAGGUGAUCAUCGUCAAAGCAUCUACGGAGGCGCUGCUUUCAGCGCCCAUGCCGCCCGCUGCGCCUGCUGCGCCUGCUGUGGCGCCGGCAGCGACAGCGCCUGAAGGUGCUCCGAAAAAAAUCUCGCUGCAGGUGGUUGCAACCGACCAGGACGGUACCCACACCGUGACCUUCAAGUUACGUCCCGAUUCGCCACUGGAGAAGAUGAUGAAUGCCUGGUGCAAGAACAUGCAGGUAGACCCUUCGGCGGCGGUUUUCGAGUACCGUGGUCAGUUGCUACGAGCGAAUGACACCCUGCAGCACUUGGGCUACGAUGGGAAGGAUGACACCCUGCCCGUGAUUACGGCGAGACCCAAUGGACCCAAUGGCCCCAAUGGCCAGGGAACAGUGACAACCGUGACCCCAGUGGCCGCAGCUCCAGCAGCUCCGGCAGCCCCGGCAGCUCCGGCAGCCCCGGCAGCCCCGGCAGCCCCGGCAGCAGCAUCCAGCGAUGAAUUGAUUUUAGUGCACAUCAUCUCCAUUGGCGAGGAUGGACGAAACGUUUUGGACUUCAAGAUGAAGCCCAGGACACCUUUCAAGACAGCCUUGGAGGCAUGGUGUGACCAUCACGGCAUUCCGCAGGACCAGGUGCUCUUCGAAUUCCAAGGUGCUCCGCUGUUGCCAUCGAAGUCCCCUGCAGAAUGCGGCUGGCAGAGCGCCUUUGGCACCUUGGAGAUCGAAGCACGACCCGUGGGAGGAGUGGAUGAUGAGGAAGCCAAGGCCGCGACAGGAGAUGAGAAGAUCGAUGUCCAGGUCCUGGCGCUCACAGACACCGGAACAGCCACAUCUUCAAAUUUCAAAAUGAAAGUGACUUCGUUCUUUGAGAAGAUGAUGAAAGCAUGGUGUAAAUUUCAAGGUGUUCCUGAAUCUAUGGCUGAUUUCGAAUUCAAUGGCCGGACAUUAUCGCCCAAAGACACGCCCGCGGCAUGCUCAUUUUCAGCAAGAGAUGGUGUCAUGAGGAUCACUGCCAAACCAAAAGAGGAAACAGCGGCAACAACUGCCUCUGCAGAAGUGUCCCAACAUGCAAGCCCACCAAUAGCUGAGAACAGACGACAAGAGAGCGUGCAAGAGCAGAAUAGCACACAACAAAGUGAAAGCGAUGAAAAGGUGUCCAUUCAAGUUGUUGCACAUGCUGAUGGCGGUGACAAUGUCAUAGAUUUCAAGAUGAAGUCCAGUUCAAGAUUGGAUAAGAUGAUGAAGGCAUGGUGCAAGUGCAACGGCAUCCCUGAAUCAGAUGCAGUCUUUGAGUUCAAUGGCCGAUUGCUACUACCAGAAGACACACCUGCAUCCUGUUCAUGGUCUUCACGCGAUGGUGUCAUGAGGAUCACUGCCAAACCAAAAGAGGACACAGCGGCAACAACUGCCUCUGCAGAAGUGUCCCAACAUGCAAGGCCACCAGUAGCUGAACACAGACAACAAGAGCAGAGUGUGCAAGAACAGAAUAGCACACAACCAAGCGAAGGCGAUGAAAAGGUGUCCAUUCAAGUUGUUGCCCAUGCUGAUGGCGGCGACAAUGUGAUAGAUUUCAAGUUGAAGUCCAGUUCAAGAUUGGAUAAGAUGAUGAAGGCAUGGUGCAAGUGCAACGGCAUCCCUGAAUCAGAUGCAGUCUUUGAGUUCAAUGGCCGAUUGCUACUACCAGAAGACACGCCUGCAUCCUGUUCAUGGUCUUCACGCGAUGGUGUCAUGAGGAUCACUGCCAAACCCAAAGAGGAAACAGCGGCAACAACUGCCUCUGCAGAAGUGUCCCAACAUGCAAGCCCACCAAUGCCUGAGAACGGACGACAAGAGAGCGUGCAAGAGCAGAAUAGCACACAACCAAGCGAAGACGAUGAAAAGGUGUCCAUUCAAGUUGUUGCCCAUGCUGAUGGCGGCGACAAUGUGACAGAUUUCAAGAUGAAGUCCAGUUCAAGAUUGGAUAAGAUGAUGAAGGCAUGGUGCAAGUGCAACGGCAUCCCCGAAUCCGAUGCAGUCUUUGAGUUCAAUGGCCGAUUGCUACUACCAGAAGACACACCUGCAUCCUGUUCAUGGUCUUCACGCGAUGGUGUCAUGAGGAUCACUGCCAAACCCAAAGAGGAAACAGCGGCAACAACUGCCUCUGCAGAAGUGUCCCAACAUGCAAGCCCACCAAUGCCUGAGAACAGACGACAAGAGAGCGUGCAAGAGCAGAAUAGCACACAACCAAGCGCAGACGAUGAAAAGGUGUCCAUUCAAGUUGUUGCACAUGCUGAUGGCGGUGACAAUGUCAUAGAUUUCAAGCUGAAGUCCAGUUCAAGAUUGGAUAAGAUGAUGAAGGCAUGGUGCAAGUGCAACGGCAUCCCUGAAUCAGAUGCAGUCUUUGAGUUCAAUGGCCGAUUGAUCACUGCCAAACCAAAAGAGGAAACAGUGGCAACAACUGCCUCUGCAGAAGUGUCCCAACAUGCAAGCCCACCAAUGCCUGAGAACAGACGACAAGAGAGCGUGCAAGAGCAGAAUAGCACACAACCAAGCGAAGGCGAUGAAAAGGUGUCCAUUCAAGUUGUUGCACAUGCUGAUGGCGGCGACAAUGUGACAGAUUUCAAGAUGAAGUCCAGUUCAAGCUUCGAAAAGAUGAUGAAGGCAUGGCGCAAAAACCACAGCAUCCCUGAAUCAGAUGCAGUUUUUGAGUUCAAUGGCCGAGAGCUAUUACCAGAAGACACACCUGCAUCCUGUUCAUGGUCUUCACGCAAUGGUGUCAUGAGGAUCACUGCCAAACCAAAAGAGGAAACAGCGGCAACGACUGCCUCUGCAGAAGUGUCCCAACAUGCAAGCCCACCAAUAGCUGAACACAGACGACAAGAGCAGAGCGUGCGAGAUAAAACCCUUUCUUUACUGACUAAGGACGAUGAAAAGGUUUCAAUUCAAGUCGUUGCACGUGCCGCUGGUGGUGAGAAUCUCGUAGAUUUUAAGAUGAAACCCACCUCAAAGUUCGACAAACUGAUGAAAACAUGGUGCAAAAGUAACUGCAUUCCCGAAUCAAAUGCAGUCUUUGAGUUCAAUGGCCGAUUGCUACUACCAGAAGACACACCUGCAUCCUGUUCAUGGUCUUCACGCAAUGGUGUCAUGAGGAUCACUGCCAAACCAAAAGAGGAAACAGCGGCAACAACUGCCUCUGCAGAAGUGUCCCAACAUGCAAGCCCACCAAUGGCUGAGAACAGACAACAAGAGCAGAGCGUGCAAGAGCAGAAUAGCACACAACAAAGUGAAAGCGAUGACAAAGUGUCCAUUCAAGUUGUUGCACAUGCUGAUGGCGGUGACAAUGUCAUAGAUUUCAAGCUGAAGUCCAGUUCAAGAUUGGAUAAGAUGAUGAAGGCAUGGUGCAAGUGCAACGGCAUCCCUGAAUCAGAUGCAGUCUUUGAGUUCAAUGGCCGAGAGCUAUUACCAGAAGAAACACCUGCAUCCUGUUCAUGGUCUUCACGCGAUGGUGUCAUGAGGAUCACUGCCAAACCAAAAGAGGAAACAGCGGCAACAACUGCUUCACCCAGUGCCAAGGACCCUGCGGACCCUGCGGACCCUGCGGACCCUGCAGACUAUGCGGAUGCGGCCAGCAGCAAAGACGAGCCAGUUCAGGUUCAGGCCUGCGGUGCGGAUUCCUACCGGAAUCGCUGGUGCUCCUACAAUGGCGUUCCUCAGGAAUCUGCGUGUUUUCAGUUCCAGGAGAAGGAGAUCACAGAGACUGACACGCUGCUGAGCAUCGGAGCCCAAGGCCCUAGCGUCUCGAUUCGCGUGGUUCCCCGUACCCACGCGGCAAAUAACAAGCGCAAUCUGAAGCGCAAGAGUCAGACGUCAGAUGGCGCAGCGCCAGCUGCGAAACGUGCUGCCAACGCAUACCAGCUCUUCAGCAAAGAGCGCAGGCAAAGCUUGACCACUGAGCAGCCGGAUCUCAAAUUUGGCGAAGCUGCCAAGAUCAUCUCGGCGGAGUGGAAAGCCCUGACCGACGACGAGCGGAGGCCCUAUCAGGAAAUGGCCCAGAAAGCCAAGGAGAACGCACAGGCCACACAGGACGCUGGCGUUGACAGCGGCGGUGCCGGCAGCGCUGCUGACAGCGCUGACAGCAAACCUGUGGUCGACAAGACCUGUGGCUGCGUAGCGUUGGGCAGGAAGGUGGAGGUCAAUAUCCUGGCCGAGGGCGCGGACGGCACCAGCGAGAUGAAGGUCACCGUGCGAAGGUCCAUGGCCCUGAAAAGGCUGAUGCAGGCCUGGUGCGACCAUCACGAGCUGCCAUUGGAAGAGGCGGACUUUCUGUUAGGCAGCUGGGUGCUAAAGUACGAGGACACCUUAGACUCACUGGGCUGCGGCGACAACGUCGAGGUCAAGGCCGUGCCCAAGGGCGACACCGGCGACGCGGCAGCGGCGAGCGCCGCGGACAUGGCGAGGCCCAAGGCGAGCAGCUGGAAAUCCCCAAAGUAA